AUUACAACGGGCAAGAUGAAAUAUUCGUGUGAUAACACGAUGGCUCAAACGUUGAGUCCCGUGAGUAUUUCGAGUCAAUGGCUGUGCCCGAAUAGGGCUGAAUAUGUUGAGAUAAGAGUUACCAUUUUAGUACUAUGUCGAGUUAUGCUUGAGCUUGAAAUUUCAACUCUCAUGUCGAAACGGAAAGCGGAACCCUCCCAACGACUUGCGAAACGACGGAGGGGAGGAGUCCCUACCUUUGGUGCAGAAACCGAGGAUGAUCGGGUCAAUCUCGCAUCGUCUCUGAGCCUCACCACAGCAUCUGCCCUUUCCACUCGCUCUGUGCCAUCCACCGGAUCGGUACCUAACCUUUCCGUAUUAUGCGCGCGCUCCUUUGUCGCAAAUCUGAGGGCACUACACGAAACUCGUGAUGAUUGGGAAAUCACGCUCAAGUGGCUGAAACUUAUGCCUGACAAUCUGGUGCCCAAACUGUUCGCUAUGUUGAGAUCCUCUUGUCCACAAAUACUUACCAACGCAAUGAUAACUUCCUAUUUUUUGCGAGGCCCGUCGAUCGUACUGACCAGUGACGUCCCAGCAGUAAACAAAAUCACAAUUUUGGCUGUUGCUGGAGUUGGCAAAUCGUGCAUGAACUACACCUUACAGGAUUCGUUAAAAUUGCUGAUUCUGUCUUUGCAACCGUCCUGUCUUCCAUGCCGUCCCUCAGAGUAUUGGUUCUUCGCGGCUGCGCCAAAGUGGGGUCCGCCACUGCGGAAGCUGCCUGCACGGUCUUGCCCCUCGCUUUCUACCGCGAACUUUAAUUACACCGCCGUCCCGCCUAUGGCACUCGUCCCACUCCUGAAAAAUUGUCCUGACCUGAAGGUGCUAAAGCUUGCUGGGAUACCGAACUGGACCGAUGCAACUUUUGCCAAAUUAUCUUCUGCUGUAUUUCAAAGCGAGAAUUUCAUACUGAAGAAUAUACAAACAUUGAAACUACGUCAAUUAGGCCUUUCAGAAAGCUCAAUUAAUUCCUUUUUGGCCCGCUGUCCGAACCUCACUCGGCUGGACCUCUCCUUCACGCACGUCCACCGACCACUGCAGGUCGUGUUAGCAGAGGCGAGAAUUGAAAAGCUGUCAUUGACAUCUACAGCAAUUUCCAGCGUUGACGUUGUGGCGCUCAUCUCUAGCCUUCCCCACAUCAAAUCUCUGGCUCUUGGGGCCCUUGGGGGUGGGCAAGGGUCUUCGGUGGCUAUUGGGAACACCUCUGCGAUGACGAUGACGGACCAGACGCUGGAGUCAUUGACAGAUGUGUUGAAGGACUUUGGGCAACUCGAAAAGAUCACUUUGGUCGGAAAUACAAAAUUAGGGGCUACUUCUCGUCGCAGUGGAGCCCUGGAGUACUUCAUUCAAUGCGUUGGAAGGAAAUGCAAGUACCUCAACUUGUCAGGUGUGCAUCACCUACAGUCCCUUCAUCUUUCUGGGCUCUUGCCGCAAGAUGCCGAAAAUCAGCCACCCAGACUUGAACAGCUCAUUCUCAACAACACCAGUGUGGACGAUGACGCCGCGCCUUAUUUGGCAUGUUGCUCAAAUCUUGUGCUACUGGAACUAGCGGGUACAAAAAUAAGCAGUGCUGGUCUCUUUUCUGUUAUUGAUACCUGCCCAAAAUUACAAACGUUGAACCUCACAAGUUGUAGGAGCGUAAGUGUGACUGAUAGACGUCGCUUCUUCGAGGCGUGGAAGCACAACUCAGAGGAAACUUGAUGUUUUCCAGCGGGGAGGAGUUCACCCACAGUGGGAGUCAGAUGGUUUAUUUCCGCGGAAGCAACCAUUCCGUCCUUCCGUAUGUCACACACCCAAUACUUCAGUCCUUACAAUGAGUGAGCAGAAUUUGACAGGACGCAUUGUCAUUCACAAUGCGAUCUUCUCAUGACAAGGGAAGCGAUUGUUACAUAAUUUCCAUAGAUAGUAUACUUUGAUUUUCAUCCUUUUGUCUCCUAUAUUCUUUUGUGUACGUGUUGUUUGGUUAGCUCUAGCUUGUAUUCUUUGUUAAGUAUGUCGCCCAGCCU